AUGCCCUUCGGCCUCCAUGGGGCCACAGCCACGUUUCAGUGGCUGAUGGACCGUGUCCUCCAACCCCAUCGAGACUAUGCAGCUGCCUACCUGGAUGAUGUGGUCAUCUACAGCCGCCACUGGGAGCAUGAUUUGUGGGACCUGGUGUGUGACUACCGGCAGUUGAAGCAGAUGGCUCAGUCCAUCUACAUGGCUGGGAUCUUGGCAGGAGGCAUCAUCUUUGGAGGUCUGUCAGACAGGUUUGGCCGCAGGUCUCCCUUGAUCUGGUGCUACUUGCAGAUGGCUGUCACGGGAACCAGCACUGCCUUCUCGCCCAGCUUCACUGCCUACUGCAUCUUCCGCUUCCUGACUGGAAUGGCUUUCUCAGGCAUUAUGAUGAAUGGUGUCUCUCUGUCUGUGGAAUGGACACCCACGCACACACGGGCCACUGUGGUCACCAUGUAUGGAUACUGCUAUUCAAUCGGGCAGUUCAUUCUGGCUGGGGUGGCUUACGCCAUCCCCAAUUGGCGCUGGCUGCAGCUUGUGGUGUCUUUGCCCUAUUUCAUCUGCUUCAUCUACUCCUGGUGGUUCGUGGAGUCUGCCCGCUGGCUGGUAAUAGCCGGCAGACCCGACGAGGCAGUGAAGCAGCUCCAGAGAGUGGCCAGGAUAAACCGGAAGAAGGAAGAAGGAGACAAACUUAACACAGAGGUCUUGAGAUCCAACAUGCAGAAAGAAACAGCCUCUGCAAAGAGCAGCUAUACCUUCAUCGACCUGGUGCGGACCCCUGUCGUACGCCGGAUCUCCUUCUGCCUCUGCUUUGUAUGGUUCUCCACCAGCUUUGCCUAUUAUGGGUUGGCCAUGGACCUGCAGAAUUUCGGUGUCAAUAUCUUCUUGAUCCAACUGGUCUUUGGAGCUGUUGAUUUCCCAGCAAAGUUCAUCUCAGUCUUCACAAUCAGCUUCAUCGGGCGCCGGUUCACACAGGCCUUGACCCUCAUCCUGGCUGGACUCUCUAUCCUAGCCAACAUCUUUGUUCCACAAGAUCUGAAGACCCUGCGCACUGUUCUGGCUGUCGUUGGAAAAGGCUGUCUUGCUGCCUCCUUUAACUGUGUCUACCUCUACACGAGUGAGCUGUACCCCACCGUGAUUAGGCAGACCGGCUUGGGUUUGAGCAACACCAUGAUGCGUCUGGGCAGCAUCAUUGCCCCAUUGGUGAAGAUGUUGGAGGAAUACAUUCCCUUCCUGCCACUGAUCAUUUAUGGAGUUGCCCCAAUCAUCUCCGGCAUUGCAGCGACCUUCCUGCCUGAGACACUCAACGUGCCAUUGCGUGAGACCAUAGAGGAGGUGGAGACACGGCCCAGGCAUCUGAGAGAUGAAGAACAACAAAUGAAGAUCCUUCUGAAACCCACCAUGCCAGACCCAGCCAAGGAAGCCAGUUAAGGAAAGAAAAAUGAGCAACUGUUGUAGGGGUUAUGGGUACAAUUUUCAAAAGUGUCUAUGUGCCUUAGGAGCCUACGUUCCAUUUUCACCAGUGACUUAGCCACUCCCAUGAGAGUUAAGUGCCUCAUCUACCUGAGCACUUCUGAAAAUCCCACUGGGCACUUAUCGGAAUCUCUUGGCACCUAAAUACUUUGG